AUGACCACCCCCUUCCCCCGCCGCCACUCCGCCAAUCCGUCGCCUGAUCCCUCCAUCACAGGUCGUCGCGUGGCGAGAGGCCGCGAGGGUUUCGCAGCGUCGCCGUUACUGUCGCCGCCGUCGUCUGUUCAAUCGCAGUCGCCUCGUCGCGCGGCGACGCGGGACUCCGAAGUUCGCAGGCGGGGCGCGGCGGAUCGGGGAUUGGCGGAACCCGCGGCGGUAGUGCGCGGGCGGGAGGGCUAUCGGGGGAGCGCAGGGGGCAUCGGCGUCGGGGGAGCACUUCAGUUGCGCAGCCGCGCGAGCAGCAGGAUGGGCGCGGGGGGAAGCAGCGCGGGCGCGGAUCAGCCCAGCAGCAGGGGAGGCGCGGGCCCGGGGAGCGGGGGAGGCGGCGGGAGGGGCGCGGCGCGGCGGGUGGCGGUAGUGGCGGUGGUGGCGGUGUUGGCGCUGACGCCGCUGCUGGCGUUCACGAGCGUGAUGCCACCAUGGCUGCACGCGCAUGGGAGCGCGCAGACGGAGGGCGAGCCAUCGCUGGUGACCCAUGCUGCCCUACCCCACACGGAUCUUCACACGGAGGUGAGGUGGACUGAAAAGAGGCAAGGCGACUGGCGGAAGGGGUUGCAACAAGGUCGAGUGUGUGGGGAAGAGGAGAGCUUUGCAAGAGCAGAGAAAGGGGCUUCACCUGAUUUGUGGCAGAACAGCAGUUGUUCACACUUCACGUCCCUGCCACAAAACCCUCCUCGAAACAGCAGUCACUGGACUCUCCAUUCACCUCUUCCUUCUCCAUCCUCUCUCGCCUCCCAUCUCCUUCCUGUAUUCCCGUACCUCUUCCAGACCCACACACCAGCGUUGUCAGCAGCAGCAGAAGCAGCAGCGCCAGUUGCAGCGCCAGUAGCGGAGUUUGAGCUGCCAUGGCCAGAAGACUCCAUGGCGCUGUGCCUCGUCGGGCAGCUGCGAACGUUUGAGCUGACCGGGCCGUCCAUAGCGGCGAAUCUGGUGGGGGUUGAGGGCUACGGGCAGGCAGACGUGUUUGUAGUAGCGCCCCUCGAUGAGAACUCCGCCAAACUGCUCGCCCUUAGGGGGACGGGGGGAGUGGGGGGAGUUGGGGGGGAGAAUGUUCCCCAGCAAGGGGAGGCGGAGACAGGGGGGGAAGGAGGAGGAGGCUUGGGAGGGCCAAGGCUGGUGUCCGUUCGGGUGUUUCCGGAUUUCAACAUAAACGAGGCACUCUACCCCACACACGUGCUCAAGGGGCUGGAGAACGGCCCACAGGGGCUGCUACAGCAGUUUAGCAUGGAGGCCAUGUGCGCUGCUGACAUUGCUGAGAGAGAGCGCCGCUACAGCCGCCGCUACAAGUGGCUCAUGAAGGCCCGCCCAGAUUCCUUCUGGGCGGCGCCGCCCGCUCCGCUGGACGGCUUGGAGUACCAGAGCUUGACGGCGCCGCCCGGGUUGGAUUUUGGCGGGGUGAACGACAGGCUGGCGGUGGUGCCGCGGGCGGCGGGCCGGGCGGCGUUUGCUCGGCUGCACAUGCUGGGGGCUGUGAGCGAGGGUGACGGCGAAGCUGGCAAGCGGGUGAACGCGGAGACGGUGUAUGCGCACAUGCUGCAGCGCCUGAACGUGUCUGUCACGCGAGCGCACUUCCCCUUCCACUCACAGGCGCCUGAACGUGUUGGUCCCUCCCGCAUCUCCCUCGCGUUCCCAUUCAUAUCUCCUCCCUCCCAGGCGUGUCAACGCAGAGACGGUUUCUUCCGCAUGCUCGCCCUCCCCAACCUCCGCAACCGCCGCGGGGGAGACUACUGCCGCCCUUGCCACCACGAGCCUCCGCCCAACCCCUUCUGCGAGCAGACCGGGCCGUGGCUGGCGGACUGGGCGGCGCUGUUUGACCAGCAUGUGCCGGAGCGGCUGGCGGCGGGGCGGCGGGCGGUGGUGGCGGCGGUGGAGGGCGGUAGGGAGGGGUGCGAGGCGCAAGUGGCACAGCUGUCUCUCGAGGUUCGGCGCCGAACCAACCCGUCAGCGUCGUUGACAGCCCCACCUGCUCGCCCUGCUCCCAUCACUGCUCAACACCAACAAGCAUCAGCCGCCACUCCCCUCGGUCACUCCCUGUGGCACCGCCUGCUGGAACAGCUGGGAGGGAGGCCAGUUGUGAGUGGGCUAGUGCAAGGCGGGAAGGAAAUGGAGACAGCCGCAGCAGCAGCAGAAGCAGAGGAGGAGGCAGCAAAGGCGGCGUGGCAGGAGGCAGUGAGGAGGGAGGGGUGGCGGGCGCCGGUAGCGGCGGUGCUGUGUGUGCGGCAUGGGCUGGGCAAGGCUUUGGUGUUUGGUGCGUCUGGCAUGGGGCGUGCUGGCAGCUGGUGUGCCUUCCACCACCACCUGCUUGGACUCAACCACAGCAUUGCCGUCUCUUUGCCUGCCGCCCCGCCCUCCACCGACCUUCUCUGGGAUGCCCACCUGCUCUCCGGCCUGCCCUCCAUGCGCCUCCUAAUGCUGCCAAAACCCCCCGCCCGAACUGCCGACGUUGCCGCCCAGCAGCAGUCAGCGGCGGGCGGCAGAGAGAUGGUGGCGAAAUAUGAGGAGGCGUUUGCAGCGGCGGUGAGGCGGAUAAAGGCGGAGGAGGAGGUGGUGGGGAGAGGUGCUGCUGUUGCCAGUGCUGAUGAUAUGCUUGGAGCUGUGGGGGCGUCCAUGCAUGUUGACCUGAUUCGAGUAAGCCUUGCAUGGCUGUUGCUUGUGCACACAUGGGAGGAACCAUGCGCACACAUGGGAGGGACCAUGCGCACACAUGGGAGGGACCAUGCGCACACAUGGGAGGGACCAUGUGCACACAUGGGAGGAACCAUGCGCACACAUGGGAGGGACCAUGCGCACACAUGGGAGGGACCAUGUGCACACAUGGGAGGGACCAUGUGCACACAUGGGAGGGACCAUGCGCACACAUGGGAGGAACAAUGCGCACACAUGGGAGGCACCAUGCGCACACAUGGGAGGAACCAUUCGCACACAUGGGAGGAACCAUGUCCCCCAUACACUUGCAAGCUUGCUAGAAUUGCAAACACUGCUGGCCUGCGCCUCAACAGCCGAUGUGGAGGGCGCAGGGGCAGGGCGCAAGCGUCUAUUCUAACCGGUGCGACGCCCUUCGGUCACUACUGCCCCCCUCUCACUCUUCUCUCCCUCCACACUUCCCAACCAGGUGGGAGCGGGGCGCCUACCAGACCUGCAAGCACUGCUAGCGCGCAGUUUGACCACGUGCCAGCUGCUGGUGGACGUGGAGGGCAUAGGGGAGGGCGUGGUGGCUCAGCUGAGGGGGUGGGAGGGAUGGGCGGGAUGGGAGGGAGGCGGUUGCAGGUAGUGGGGCAGGGGGUGCAGCAAGGUGGUGCAGAAGGAGGGCAGCACGGGGUGGAUCAAGGAGGGGCAGAUGCGAGCAGAGAGGUGGAGGAGCUGGAUGCGUUCUUGCAGCCGGACGACCCGCUCUUAGCUAAGUGGCGGGGGGAGGCGGAGAUGAGGGAGGUGCAGCAAUGGCUGUCAGGGAGGUCAUUCCAUCUGGAUCGGUGUGUGUCGGGGAACGAGGAGAGGAUAGGUCGAUGCACCUUCUUCUCCCUCUCACACUGCCCUGCCCACUCUCUUGCUCCUCAACGAACAACUGGCAGAUAG